AUGGAGCCCUCAGCCACCCCAGGGGCCCAGACGGGGACCCCCACUGGUGGUGGGGAACCGUCACCGUCACCGGUGCCUCCUGACUACGAAGACGAGUUCCUGCGCUAUCUGUGGCGCGAUUAUCUGUACCCGAAGCAGUACGAGUGGGUCCUCAUCGCUGCCUACGUGGCUGUGUUCCUUGUGGCCCUGGUGGGCAACACGCUGGUCUGCCUGGCCGUGUGGAGGAACCACCACAUGAGGACGGUCACCAACUACUUCAUUGUCAACCUGUCCCUGGCUGACGUGCUGGUGACAGCCAUCUGCCUGCCAGCCAGCCUGCUGGUGGACAUCACUGAGUCCUGGCUCUUCGGUCAUGCCCUCUGCAAGGUCAUCCCCUAUCUCCAGGCCGUGUCUGUGUCGGUGGCAGUGCUGACUCUCAGCUUCAUCGCCCUGGACCGCUGGUAUGCCAUCUGCCACCCGCUGUUGUUCAAGAGCACCGCCCGGCGUGCCCGUGGCUCCAUCCUGGGUAUCUGGGCUGUGUCACUGGCUGUCAUGGUGCCCCAGGCCGCCGUCAUGGAAUGCCGCAGCGUGCUCCCCGAGCUAGCCAACCGCACCCGGCUCUUCUCGGUCUGUGAUGAACACUGGGCAGAUGACCUCUAUCCCAAGAUCUACCACAGUUGCUUCUUCAUUGUCACCUACCUGGCCCCGCUGGGCCUCAUGGCCAUGGCCUAUUUCCAGAUCUUCCGCAAGCUCUGGGGCCGCCAGAUCCCUGGCACCACCUCGGCCCUGGUGAGGAACUGGAAGCGGCCCUCAGACCAGUCGGAGGACCAGGGACAGGGCCCCAGCACAGAGCCCCCGCCUCGGGCCCGGGCCUUCCUGGCCGAGGUGAAGCAGGUGCGAGCUCGCAGGAAGACGGCCAAGAUGCUGAUGGUGGUGCUGCUGGUGUUUGCCCUCUGCUACCUGCCCAUCAGUGUCCUCAAUGUCCUCAAGAGGGUGUUUGGGAUGUUCCGCCAAGCCAGUGACCGAGAGGCCGUCUACGCCUGCUUCACCUUCUCCCACUGGCUGGUCUAUGCCAACAGCGCAGCCAAUCCCAUCAUCUACAACUUCCUCAGUGGCAAAUUCCGGGAGCAGUUUAAGGCCGCCUUCUCCUGCUGCCUGCCUGGCCUGGGUCCCUGCGGCUCUCCGAAGGCCCCCAGCCCCCGCUCCUCUGCCAGCCACAAGUCCUUUUCCUUGCACAGCCGGUGCUCCGUCUCCAAAGUCCCUGAGCACGUGGUGCUCACCAGUGUCACCACGGUGCUGCCCUGAGCGAGGGCUGCCCUGGUGGCGGCAGGGUGUGCAAGCCUUGGGCUUGCUCCUCUGGCUCCUGGGGGACCCACCUCCUCGUGGAGACUGCUGGAUGCAGGGGGGAGGCUGGG